ACGGUAUCCCUUUCCCUUCCCGCUGCGUCCACUCGGGCGGCCUGGCCGUCUUUCCCCGCCCUUUGUUCAUCUCUGUCGCCCUUCGUAAGAGAGAAAGAGGAGGGGAGAUGCCGCCUAGGCGUCCGGCUCGUCGUUCCGGGAGACCCCGUCUUCCGGCGUUCUCUUCCUUCGCCAGAUUCGUCAAAGUUAGCGCGAAACCCCGCCGGAGACGGAGAUCCCUCACUGAACACCGUCCUAAGAGCUUGAGUGAAAAGUUUGUUCAGUUGAAAAAGAAAGAUGGGCGCGAAUCUUCUGAAAACAGCCUUGACAAUGAUGAAGACAUCAUUUUUGCUGAUUUUGAGUUCUUUGAUCCCAAGCCUAGUGAUUUUCAUGGAGUAAAAAAUUUGUUACGCACUUAUCUGGACUCGAAGCAGUGGGACUUGAGUGAUUUUGUGGAUAUGAUAUUGGGGCAGCCAACUGUAGGUACAGUGGUUAGGAUCGAUGGUGAUGAUGAUGACAACCUAUUUGCUGUUAUUACAGCCCUUAAUAUGGACAGAUAUAAGGAUCAUAAAUGCAUUAUGGAGCUUAAGGAAUUUCUAUUACAAAUCUGUCAUGACAAUGAUCUGCGGACUUGUCUGAGGACAAUGUUACAAGAACGUGCACAAGAUGUAGGUCUUUUGGUUUCUCAGCGUAUGAUAAACCUUCCAAUAGAGCUUUUGCCUCCACUGUAUGAUGCUUUGUUUGAUGAAAUAUCAUGGGCCACAGAAGAUGAGCCAACAGAGGAGUUGCGUAAAUCAUUUUGCUUUAAAUACUAUCUCAUUGUCACAAGAUUCUACAAGAAGAAAACUGGACAGAGCAAUAGGAUGAGGAAUGAUCAGACUGAAGAAUCAGUGAUAUAUGUUAAAAUAGAAGAUGAAAUUUUCCAUAAGCUAUGUUCAUGGUCGUUUACCUUUCCUACUGAGCAGAUUGUUGCUAACGAGUUGAGGAAUUAUAUGUGUUUGGGCCUUGUAAUGAUGGUAGAAUCUGAAAAAAUAUCAGCAUACCGCGAUGAAUUGAAGUCUUUGGUAAAUGGAUCCUAGCUGGUGGUUGGACGAGCUCAGUGCCUACCUACUCACUUUGUUAUUUCUCAUUAAUCUGUUCUUUUCCUUGUUUGUGGCCAAAAAUCUAAGAAAUUUUCCUCCUAGUCCUUUCUUUUUCACUUAAAUUAUUGUUCAUGCUGCGACAUGAUGCGUUGGUGGAGAGAUGAAAAAAAGAUUGGUCAACAAAAAUGUAUGGCAAACGUAUGAAGAGAUGAGACCGCUACUUUGCAUAAUUAAGGGAAUUUUGUUAGCCUUCCCACAAUCUUUCUCUAUAUGUGUCUCUUUGUGUGUGUGUGUGUGUGUGUAUGUAUAUAUGCAGCCACUUUGUUUUACUUGUUUUCUUAAUUUUUCCCUUCCUCUCUCCUCGAACUUGAAAUCCUUUUAAUAGCAUCAUUCAAGCUCUUGUAUACACAUAGAGGGUGUUUGGUAACGAGAACGGUGCAUUCUUUAGAACAGAAUGUUCUAUGAAUGCUUUUCUAAAAAUAGGCGGGUUCGUGGAACACAGUGUUUCAAAGAACACACUGUUCCUGGCACGAAACACCCUCUAGUUUACCUGCCUCUUCUACAACGAAAAUGGUUUGCAUUAUUCUCUCUGUCCAAACCGGGAACCGAUCAUACUCAUAAUAUUUGCUGCCGUAUGCUACAAAGGUGUUCCCUUAGAUGAGAUGAGAUGACAGGAUCUGGAUAUAUUAAUGAAUGUGUUGAAUGUUAGAGCACUGGCAACAAGUUAGAUAAUCGGAGGUUCUUCUUGUUCGCAACGUCUCUGAGCAACAAGCGUUCAAUCCCUUUUUUGGCUCAAAAUUAAACUUAAAAGAAUUUAAGGCGACAUUAGAAUCUUUUUUAAAUGCUGUAUGAGGUUUUGUACAGUAAGCUUGGACUUGGGCUGUUACAGGUAUCCGGCGUGUCGGCGGUUUGCAGAAGGCGAAACAUUGAUAGACCCUCAGGCAAUUUCCAUCCACAAGGUUCUAAAAACUUGAAGGUUGCACUUGAUUAUUGUUCACAUCACUGCGGACCUCAAAUUUACUGUUUUGAGCCAUAUUAACAAGUCACACAACGCACGGUGUUGAUGCUGCUGCUGACAACUUUGAUUCAAUGAAACUGGCUUAUCUCACCAUAUCUGUAUGCAUCUAGCAAUUUAUAUAAAUGCACCAACAAAACGAAAUAACUCCCACUGGUGGCUGUGCA